AUGUUAAAGAGCAGUAGAAGAAAAUUAUUUCGCGUAAAUGUUACAUGUUUUCGACUUUUUAACUGAAAAGUGAAAAUUUUAAAUAAAAAAAAUCUUCCCGGAGGUUGAAGUUUCGCGUGCACGCGCGUGCAUAUCUUAUUACAAAUCGCCAUCAACUUUGCUGAAUAUAGGUCAACCCUUUAAAGUAAACCACCUGAAUAUGAUCUACAUCGUUCUAUUUGCCAUUCUGUUGCGACAUGGACUUGUAAUGGCUGGCCUCGGUGAUCUGCAGAGGCCAGCAAAUCAAAUCUCCAUUAGCCAAUCGUCUGCGUUAGGCCUUACUGGUCUGAUCUGGACCAGAUACGCCUUGGCGAUCACACCGAAAAACUGGAGCCUCUUUAGCGUAAAUCUAUUCGUCGCAAUAACAGCUUUAUACCAAGUUAGUCGAGGAGUAAUGUACCGUCAACAAGCAACUGAAACAAUGUCGGAGAAAGAGAAAUAGCGACUGCGUCCAGAUAAUAUACAUUCCUAGGGAUCCAAAUAUUUAAAUGUAUAUAUUUAGCAUACUAGAUUCAUUUUAGUGACUUGCGGAAUAUACCCGAUUGUUAGGCAAUUUCUAACAAAACUAAAACACAAAUUAGGUAGUUAGGGAAAUGACGCGAAUUCAUAAUCAGCAUUAAGUAUAAACUUCCAUGAAAUUCCAUGAAAAAUAGUAAAAUUAUAAAUACUACGAAUUCAAGUAAAAACAUAUUACAUGUAUAUAAUAGGAAUAUAUCACAUGAACAAUCAUAAAAUUUCAAAGAUCAACAAUCAUGAAUUAGAAGUCAAAACUAUAAGUAUCAGUACAGAGAAAUUAGAUUAGAUAAACUAAUAUAAAACUUGUAACUCAAACACUAGUCGUAAAUCACCAAAAUUCAAAAUUUAGGACAUUAACAAUCAGAAAGUAAACAAUAUCAAUUACUAUAUCAUGUUCAAAUACCAAGAAAGAGAUACUGAUAGCAUAAAAUUCUACACAAAAUGUUCAUAUUAAGCUGUGAUAUCGAAGGUAAGGUGCUGUUCGUAUCUUUAUUCCAUUUAGUAACGCAUAAAUUCUAAAUCCUAAACUAAGUACAAAUGUACCAACAGAAUACAUAAGAUAUGUAUAAUUUCAAUGUGCAGUACAACAUUGAAAGGCAUUCUAUAUUGUAAACUAAAACACCAAUUGAUAGUACACCAAAUAUAUUAGAUUUAGGUGAAUUUGCUUAUGUACAUACCUACCUCUAAGUAUAAUAAUGUACAAUUUACUGAUCUUAACGAUUCGCAACACUGAUGCUGAAGCACUCGAAGAAGUAAAAAAAUGUACAAAUUGUAUACCAAGUUCGAUAAUGUUAUAAUUGCCUUGUAUAAUAAAGUAAUAUA